GUCGGUUCCGGCAGUUUUCACGCUAGUGCAGGUUUGAAAUAUGGACAUGGAGGGUGUGGAAUUUGAGUGAACUUAACUCGUCGCAGUACGAGUAGUAUCUCGAGCACUACUAACUUACUGUUUUGUUCGGUAUGUAAUGUCCUGCUUUGAUGGGGAAGAAUUCUGCCAGUGACCAAUUCUACCCAAUUCAUUCAUUCCUUGCAAUUCUUCUGCAUAUGUUAACACUACUAUUAAUAAUUGGUCGCAUACCACUUAACUAUGGAUGAAAUAGUGUUAUUUCGCUGGAUUUACCACUUAGCCAAUACUUGACCUCUCCAGGCUCCAGCUUCAAGUUUAAAAGUUAGGUUCUUACCUCAAUGUGGAGGGGGCCAAUCGGGCAGCCGAACUUGUAGCCGAGGUUGAAGGCAGCUGUGUGCCACUACUACCUACUAGUUAAGAGUAGUAUCUGGACCUAGAUGAUCGAUCAGAGUAUAGGCAAUAAAACCUCACGUCUUAACACUUAAGAAACAAUCACUCUGCUUUCUUCCUGUCCAUUCUGCCGGUGCGGUUUAAAUUUCCCGUUAUAUAUAUCAUACAUCUCCUCCCUAAGAAGAAAUAAGAAAAGAGAUAAGAGAGAAGAGAAAAGAGAAAUUGCAAUGAAUCGAACCUAUGACCAUACGAAGAAAGAAAAGAUGAUUGAUGUCAAUCCCGCCUCCAUCAUGAAUGUUCCCUUAGCGGAAGAAGCAUCUCUUGAUCCCUUUCGCUCCCAUCCCCACGCCAACCGUCUGCUCAACCACCCAGAAUACUAUCCCAUCCGUACCUGGUCACGUCUUCCGAAACCUUCCACCGGCGAAGAUGGCUAUUUCGCUGGUACUUUAGCGACUUCGAUCACUAUCCCUCACUGUCUGACGCUUCGUCGCCGGUGGCUUCCUUCGCUCUCCGCCGCCCGUCCGCCGUGGCCCUCUCCCACCGAUGAUCCGGUCUCGUCAGAGCCGUCUGUCUUACCCCCGGACAUUGUCAUGCUGCUAGAUUUGGCGACCCCGGGCGUGAGCGGCCACCCGUCGACGGCUCACGGUGGCAUUAUCGCAACCUGUAUCGACGAGACGAUGUCGUUGGCGGUAACCCUGUACUCUCCGCCUCCCGAGUUGGACGCUUCCGAUCACAAGGGAAGCGGGGAGGACGAAACUCCUCGUGGGAAAUUAUACACGUCGCAAUUGGAUAUACGGUACAAGAGACCUGUCGCUGUUCCUGGAUUGCUGAUCAUCCGUGCCAAAGUGGUCGGCCGUGUGGGGAGAAAGUUUUGGGUGCGCGCUCAGGUCCUUCAAGCGGAUGAAGAAAAUCCGGACCAGUUGGUCGUCACUACUGAUGCCAUGGCUUUCUGGUUACAGACCACGUCAAAACUGUAAAAUAACUCGAAAAUCUCGAUUGCGAUGCAUAUAUAUCGUCGCCCAUGGAUAUAUUAGAGGCCAUGUUUGCUGUAUAUA